AUGUAUCUAAAUAUCAUCCUAGGUUUCAGUUUGGUGACAGCUGCACUGCAGACACUUCCCCCGGUGUAUCAAACCGGCUCAGGGCCAUUACCGGGUUUUGAUAUUCGCUCAGUGGAGAGGAACAUCUAUAUCAAGGCCGAUUUUGCCUCUCAUCGUGACGAAAAUGGAUUGACGCUUAUUCCUCCAUCGGCCCUAGAAUUCGCAACGACAUUUCUGCAUGAUCUGGACGAAGUGACCGCCAGCCAGUGGAAUCUCCAUCAGGUCGAGGAAUUCAGCGCAAAGCAGGGUAUCUUCCUUGACAGACUUGGCACAGACUGCAACUUGACCUACGAAAAUGGCACACCAACUGAAGAGGGAUAUGAAGUGGAGAUUCACCCGCAAUGUGUCUUCAUCCGGGGAUCUGGGGCGAGGGGGAUGUGGUGGGGAACGCGAACACUACUACAACAAUUGAUCAUCUCUGAUGGGAAACCGCUUCCUGGGGGUCGGUUGGUGGACGCACCCUCGGUUCCAACGCGAGGAUACAUGCUCGAUGCAGGCCGUAAGUGGUACUCGCCUGCCUUUCUCAAGGAUCUGUGCACGUACGCCUCGUUUUUCAAGAUGUCCGAGUUCCACUAUCACACCAGCGACAACUACCCUCUGAAUCGGGGGCAUAACGAGACAUGGAGCGAGGUGUACGCUCAGUUUUCGCUGCACCCUGAGGACCCUGAUCUCCAUGGAAUCGUGCAAAGGCCGAACGAGACGCUAUCCCGAGCGGACUACGAAGAUCUGGAACAUCACUGUGCUCAACGGGGAGUGACAGUGAUUCCUGAAAUUGAAGCGCCCGGUCAUUGUCUGUUUCUGACCAAAUGGAAACCAGAGUUGGCGCUGGAGAAGAAGGAUCUGCUGAAUCUUUCUCAUCCUGACGCGGUGUCGCUGGUCAAGUCCGUGUGGGCUGAAUUCCUGCCGUGGUUUCACACAAAAGAAGUGCAUAUCGGGGCGGACGAGUACGACUCGACACUGGCGGAUGAUUAUAUCAAUUUUGUCGAUGAGAUGGCACAAUUCAUCCGGAACGAGUCAGGAAAGAGAAUUCGCAUAUGGGGUACCUAUGAGCCAUCGGAUACGCUUUCUAUCUUGAAAGAUGUGAUCAUUCAACACUGGCAAUACGGGCAAUCAGAUCCUGUCAGUCUGGCGAAUGAUGGAUACACGAUCAUCAAUUCGGAGGAUCGUUGGGCAUACAUGUCUUUGAAAAAUGACCACAUGCCCAUAUUUCCGGCCCCGUAUCCAUACCUGUUCAACAACUCCCGUGUGCUGAAUUUCGCUGACAUCGACGGACGGCAAUGGACCCCGGCGCUCUUCAACCCAUUCAACGUCACUGAGCAACCCGACAAACAGGCAGUCCAGGGAGCAAUUCUAGCCGCAUGGAAUGACAACGGACCCGACGCGACGACACAGCUUGAGGCCUUCUACGCCAUGCGCAACGGGAUCCCGAUUGUGGCAUCUCGAGCAUGGACCGGCGAUCGAGGUCCUCGACUCGAUGUGUCCAGCUUGUCUUUAUCUGUGAAUCUGCUUACUGCCCGUGCAGUUGGCCAGAAUCUCGACAGGACGUUUAUUGCUCGUACCCAUCAUAGGACGGAUUCGCUUUUGAGCUGGACGGCCAAGAACCAACUGGAGGAAAGAGUUCACCUCGGGAACGGCAGCAAAGGAAUGAAUUAUACACUGGAGCUUGACGUCGCGGGACCAUUCGUGCUGGCCUCCGAGGACUGCACUCUGAGUUUAUCCUCAUCAGGUACUUUAACCUUUACAUCGGACGGAUGGGAGUACCCCCUUCGCUCUGUAGCCGAGGACGCUGGAUUCGACCCGGGGUAUCCUGGGCGAAUCUGGACAAACGAGACGUCGUCCACGCAUGAACCCAUUAAAAUUCCUCUCCAGAGUCAGAUCACCAUUCGCACAGAUGUUAUCGGAGGGAGCAGAGUCUGGGUGGACGGGAAAUUUGUUGGGAGAUUCCAAGUCUUUGUGUUUGGGGGGAAGAAUCAGUUGUUUUCAUGGAGCCAGAUGGCUUUCGUGGCGCCUCUGGAAUGGAUCCAAGGGGGAGUACACGGAUUGAGGGUUGCUGAAUACGAUGGCAAUCAUUAA